GCCCGCCGCCCGCCCCAGUCCCUCCGCCUCCCGGAGGCCCGGGGCUGCCUCUUCGGGCCGCGCUGGGGCCGCCCCGCACUGCGCAUGAGCGGGAGCCCGGCGAGCCCGUGAGAGGAGCCGCCGCCGCCGCCGCCGUCCAUUCGCUGCGGAGCCGGAGGAGGAGGGGAGAGGCCUGGAGGACACCAACAUGAACAAGUUGAAAUCAUCGCAGAAGGAUAAAGUUCGUCAGUUUAUGAUCUUCACACAAUCUAGUGAAAAAACAGCAGUAAGUUGUCUGUCUCAAAAUGACUGGAAGUUAGAUGUUGCAACAGACAAUUUUUUCCAAAAUCCUGAACUUUAUAUACGAGAGAGUGUAAAAGGAUCAUUGGACAGGAAGAAGUUAGAACAACUAUACAAUAGAUACAAAGAUCCUCAAGAUGAAAAUAAAAUUGGAAUAGAUGGUAUACAGCAGUUCUGUGAUGAUCUGGCACUGGAUCCAGCCAGCAUUAGUGUGUUGAUCAUCGCGUGGAAGUUCAGAGCAGCAACGCAGUGCGAGUUCUCCAAACAGGAGUUCAUGGACGGCAUGACAGAAUUAGGAUGUGACAGCAUAGAAAAACUAAAGGCCCAGAUACCCAAGAUGGAACAAGAAUUGAAAGAACCAGGACGAUUUAAGGAUUUUUACCAGUUUACUUUUAAUUUUGCAAAGAAUCCAGGACAAAAAGGAUUAGAUCUAGAAAUGGCCAUUGCCUACUGGAAUUUAGUGCUUAAUGGAAGAUUUAAAUUCUUAGACUUAUGGAAUAAAUUUUUGUUGGAACAUCAUAAACGAUCAAUACCAAAAGAUACUUGGAAUCUUCUUUUAGACUUCAGUACAAUGAUUGCAGAUGACAUGUCUAAUUAUGAUGAAGAAGGAGCAUGGCCCGUUCUUAUUGAUGACUUUGUGGAAUUUGCACGCCCUCAAAUUGCUGGGACAAAAAGUACAACAGUGUAGCACUAAAGGAACCUUCUAGAAUGUACAUAGUCUGUACAAUAAAUACAAUGGAAAAUUGCACAGUCAAUUUCUGCUGGCUGGACUGAACUGAAGAUCAAUCCUCACAAUUCAGACUGAGGGUUGAGACAAAACUUUAAGGAUACAUCUUGGACCAUAUCGUAUUUCAUUCUUCUAAUGGUGGUUUGGGCUUGUCUUCUAGUCUGGGCCGCUCUAAACAUUUAUUAUUCCAACAUUGUGGAUUUCAUCUUAUAUCUGUGGACCAUCCUAGUUUAUUCUCCCAUAAGUCUUAGAAGCUUUAUGGUGAUUUUUUUGAAGUUUCCAUUCUUGCAUAAAGCACAAUGCUGUCUUCAUCAGAAAACAGUUUGGCAUAAGAAUUAAACAUGUGAACAUCACAAUUUAUAAAAACUUCUUAAAUAUAUGCUUUGGGCUAGUUGCAAAGACUAUGCUGAUAGCACUUCCAGUGAGAGUGAUAUAUUUAAGUGUACCAGAUCUGGAAUGGUGUUUUGGUAUGGGGGGAUUUUUUUUUUUUCCUGGCAAAUCACAUGUAUUGUUAACGUGAGUAGAGUAUCUGUUGAAAAAAAAGUCAAAAUAACCAACGUGAAAAAUUUUUAGGAUAACUUGGUGUGCCUACCCAAAAUUUUACUGUGUUUUAGACCCUCGAUUUCAGAAGGUUCCACAGAAGUAGUCUGCACUUAUCUUACCCAUGUUUAUAUAUAGUUGUCUUACAGGGGGUUUUAUUUAGAAAAACAUCUGCAUAAUGUUAGAUUCUACUCCUGUCUACAUUAUGCACUCCAUAAUUGGAUUUCAUUAUGAUUUUGAAACGCUUAUAUGCCUGUCGAGUAAGUUAAACUAUUUAAUUUGUUUUGAAUGUUUUAGAUUGCUACAUAAUACAAUAUUCUAAAUUUAGGCAUGAGGGUUUAUUUUUGUUUUUUGGGUUUUUUUUGGUCAGCGCACUAUGGAACACAAAUGAAAUUCUCUUAAUUUAUAAGAAGAUAGUAGGAAUUAAAUUUUGAAAAUGGUUGUAAUGAGCCAUAAAGUUCAAUUCUUAUAGGUACUGCUCUUUCAGACAAAUAGUCCAUUUUUGAUGACUUCUUAUUUUGUUGAAAUUGCUUUAACUGCUAAUCACUGUGGUUGCCAAAUAUUUCAGGAGCAAAGAUUUUCAAGCAGGCAUGCACUUGAUGCAAAGUACCAGUCUGGCUUCUAUUUUCAUAAAUUAUUUAAUUUCUACUGUUCUUUGUUUCACUCAGAUUAGCUCAGUUUUCACAUCAAAGCAGAACUCUGUCUUGUACGUUUUUUUUUUUUUUCUUCAUUACAAGACCCAUGAACUGCUUUCAUGCUGAAAAUGCUCAUUUCUUUGUUCACUUCUUGACCUGUGAAGAAGGGUUUAUUGCUUUCUUAAACAUUUCUAUAAGGCAGGUUAAAAAAUGUAAAAUUUCAGAUAUUGGAUGACUGGUUUUUAGCAGGAGUAGAUUUUGCUUGGUGUAUCCAGGCACUCUAAGUUCUAAUGUUGAAAUUAUCAAAGGUAUGUACUUCAGAAUAGCAGUACAUUAUAAGGUAUAUGCGGAAAUGAUUUUAAGAAACAAUGAUAUAUUAAAACUUUUUAUUUACAUGAUUUUGAAAUUGACUAGAAAGCUUUCCCCAUAGAUAUUAAUAUUCUAAUCAUAACUUUAAUUCAAGAAUAUGAUUCUAUCAAAAGAAAAUUUUGAAAAUUUCUAUUCAGGUUACUGGAAUUGGUUAUUAAAAAAAGAAAAGAAAAAAGAAGAAUCCUGCUGCUUUCAGUAUUUCCUGAUUUCAUAUUUGUAAAUAUUAAGAGGAACUUCAAUUAUGAAAAAUUUUAAAAAGAUAUAUAUAUAUAAAUGUACUAUUUUGUUUCCUGUCUUGAAGAUUUUGAGUUAUGGUAUUGUUUUUGAAUUGAUUAAUUAAUUCCGGUAUGCUGUGUUUUGAAAUGAGAUCCGAUUAGCUUUUUUUCCCCAAUAUAAAUUGUUUUUCAUAAAAGUCUGAUAUUGAUUCGUGGCCUAGUGCCUUGGGUUUUACAGACUUUUCCUUUUAAAUGCAAGACCUUUUCAACAAAAUAGUGUUUGUCAUCAGUUUGGUACUAAACAUUUAUAAUUACUAUGUAAUUAUAAACAAAAAAAUACAUAAAGCUUUGAAUAUAAUCAUGUAGCAUAAAAGUUAAGGUUGUUAACUCUAUGAUGGCAUCUUAGAAUUAAACAAUACUAUUACUAGGGCUGAAAAGAGAAGACUGAUUUAAUGUGGUGUGGUUAUUCUGAGGAUACAUGUCUGGUUACAGGGAAUAUUUUGUACUAAAAAUGCUUACACAUAAUGGCCGUGUGUGUGUGAGUGUGUGUGAAAGAGAGAGAUUGACAGAUUGAAAGAGACACACAUGCUCACACACACACACACACACACACACACAACUUGAAUUGCUUUAAUUCAUUAGUGUUUCAGUCUUCAUUCUGGUAAACUCCCCAUGCUGAUUCUUUGUUUUAAACUGAACCACAGGUACAGUUUCCUUUUUGCCAAAUGUCAAAACAGGUACACAUUUUACAAUGUAAUGCUUUUUAAAUAGUAAAGUGUAUAAAAUUAGAAGUGCCCACAUAUAAAAAUACUUGAGAUCAAGAUUAUCUUUAGUGACUAUCAUCUGCAUAUCUCUGUAAGUUCAAUUGUGUUUCUUACAUCCCUGUCAUAUUACCAACAGAGGCAAUAAAAGCUUCAGUGAAAUUGCCAUGACUAAUUAAAUCUUUUCACAUAUUA